AUGCUCAGUACCCCACUUUGUUUCCUGCUGUUGCUGGGGAUCUUGGGAACAGCAACCUCAUUCCAGGCCCCACCUGCUGGUUUCACUCGGGCUCAGUGGUUUGAAGUCCAACACAUAAAUAUGACACACUCCCGAUGUGACAAUGCAAUGAGAGUGGUUAACAGAUAUAGAGGAUACUGCAAAGGGAAAAAUACUUUCCUUCAUGUAACUUUUGUGGAUGCUGUGCGUACUUGUCGUAAUCGAAAUAUACCCUGCACCGCAGGUGGCAGGCAAAAUUGCCAUCAGAGCUCAACCCAGGUGCCUUUAACUGACUGUGACAUCACGAGAAACAGUUCAGAUAUUAGGCAGUGCCAAUAUCGACAGAGAUGGAAAACUAAAUUCUAUGUAAUAGCUUGUGACCCAAGGUCUCCCCGGGACAGUCCUUCCUACCCUAUAGUUCCAGUUCACUUGAAUGGGACGGUUUAG